AUGGACGAACUGAAGCUCCAACGACUUGUCUUUAUAUCCCAUGGAAAACGACAUGACCGCCUCUUCUCUCUCUGCAUCGCUUUCCGCGCACGCCCUUACACACCCCCUUCGACUACCGUUGCCUUACUCCGCUACUUCGGUCCCGAGCAGGCGCAUGGCCGCAUGGCAAAAAGAACGAAAAGCAAUGACAGGGUCUUGGCGUGCAUCUUCGUUUCCUCUCUCCUCUACUGGGGCAGCGGAGGCGAGGAGGAGCCGCCUUGGUCCCACGGACACCGCGAGCCGUGUAUCCCCCUCCAUCCCACAACUCUGGUCUGCUUACCUUACCUCACAUCCCAACAGCCUCAGCUCGCGCGCAUAUCUUCUCGCCCUGUCCGACCCUUGAUCAAAGCCCCCAACCGCGCGGCCCUGCAUGGCAGGAUCCCCCCCCGGACGGUGUCACCAGGAAAAAGAAGGAACAUGAGCGUCGCGAAUGUGUGGAUGUUUGCCCUCACGGACACACAGAGCCUCUCACCCACAAAAAGUCAGACUUUAGCUGCUGCAGUCGGACAAAACGCUAGUGGCUCGUCGGCAAAAUGCUCAUCCGGGAUGGGGUUUGGGGAACACCGGUCCACCACCGCUAGUGUUCGGUUCGGCGAUCCGUCAUGUAAGUCCAAGCCAAUCAACACCAACCUCCGUUUCGACCGCAUUGCGCUCUCGACCAAAACGGUGGAGAAGGGAAAUCCGUCUCUAUGCUUGGUUUCUCUGAAGCGCAUGUACUUUCCUGCGAGGAAGCGUCAGCCCACGGCUUUUAUUCUUUCGUCCGAAUGGGUUGCCUUCCUGCUUCCUGCUGCCAACGGAUCCAGCUCGUCGGGAACAGCGCAUUGCACUGCACUGCACCUUCAAGUCGGGACGAGGACGAGAGAAGAAACGAAACAGAAAACGGCGCCGAAGCGCGUUCAUCGCAUUUGUUUCAGAACCGCCCGCCGUCAGGCUUUGGCAGCCCCGAUCGUUGGCUUAGCUGCCGUCGUGCCGAGAGGCGAGGCUGGUCAUAUCUGCUUCAACUAA